AUGCUGAUCCAUCUGACCACGUCGCUAGAACUGGAGAAGAUUCAAGACUCUGACUUCGUACCUCAGCCUUUGGCAGAUUCCAGUUCUUGCAGAUCUUUGCACUUGUCCCGAAAUCCCACAAAUGUCUCAGAGCUCUCAAGAAUCAUUACAGCCAUUAGGGACGACCAUCUUCUUGACAAUGAAGAGUUUGAAGAAUAUAGAGACCGGCUUCCGGAGCAGACUCUCGUGGAACAACUAGAUUCGAAACAAGCAGACACGCAUCCCGAGUCUGAAACUCUAAAAGAAGACCACCCCAUUGACGGCCCUUUUGCAUUUUGGCAGGCUUUUUUGGUGAUGCUAAUGAUGUUUUCGACGUGGGGUGUCAAUGCUGCAUUUGGUGUGUUUUUGAACUACUACUUGAACUCUAAUGCUUUCCCAAGUGCUACUAUGUACGACUAUGCUCUAAUGGGAGGUGUGAUUGUUUUUCUAGCACAGUUUUUGGCGCCUCUUACUGUUUUAGCAGUGAAAACAGUCGGGCAGACUCCCGUAAAUUUAUUGGGCAUCACCAUCCAGACUUUAGCGUAUAUGCUUGCAUCUGUUAGCACCAAGUUCUGGGAGGUUUUCGUUUGCCAAGGUGUGAUGGUGGGGCUUUCAUUUGCGAUGAUUUUCAUCCCUGGAACUUUGAUCUUGCCCACUUGGUUUCGGAAACAGAAAUCCACUGCCAUGGGUAUUGCUGUGGCAGGAGGUGGUUUAGGAGGUGUGGUAUUUGCUCUUUCGCUCAAUCGAGUCAUUGAAGAAACAGGAAACCAAAAAUGGGCAUUACGGAUGGUUGGCAUAAUUUCAUUUUGUGUUUCUUGCUUUGCAGCUGCUUUCAUGAGACCAAGAAACCCACAAAAAAUUCCUUACAGGGCUAAUUUAACAAAAGCAAAUAUUCUUUCAAACAUCAAGACCAUUCUUGAUAUCAGUACUUUCAAAGAGUACCCCAUUGCACUUUUGGCAAUAUGGUUUGGCAUCAUUCUCAUUGGCUACAUCUUGGUGCUUUACUCAUUCUCGAACUACGCUGUCCUGGUUGGAUUAUCUCACACGCAAGCGUCAAACUUAUUGGCUAUAUUGAACGGAGCCCAAGUUGUGGGCAGACCUACUGUCGGCCAACUAGGAGAUAUUUUUGGCCGUUAUAACACGGCUUCUUUUUUCUGUGCAUAUGUGGCGGUUUUACUUUUCGCCUUUUGGCUAAACGCCUCCUCCUAUGCAUCUUUAAUAGUGUUAGCUGUGCUCCUAGGUGGCCCUGUUGGCUUGGGAAGUACUAUGGCCCAAUCUUUGGCCUUGGACUCUUUAGAGCUUUUAGAUAAGCCCGGUCAACUCCCUGCUGUUUGGUCGAUUCUAAAUAUUGUCGUUGGUCUUUUUUCGCUUCCAGCUGAGGUGAUUGGACUUAAACUCAAAAAGGGUAACGGGCCAAAAUCGUACCGAAACGCUCAAAUAUUUACAGGAUGCUGCUUUACAGCCUGUCUAUUAAUCGGUCUCAUUAAUAGAGAGUGGGCAGUUCGGAUAACUUUUAUCGAAAGACGCAGACAGACAUUGGAGCAUUUGAACACAAUCCUCAACAGCGAAAACUUCUCGGAAGACGAUGAAAAAUCAGAAGAAUGUAUUCUUUUACAAGCAAGACUCGACCGGUAUGACCAGCUUUUGAAAAACGGUCCUCUAUGCUUUUUUCUUCGAUUAUUUUAUCCCCUCAGAGUGUGA